UCUCACGGUAUCAAAGUAAUCAAAGGCGAAUUGAUGUCCUCCCUCGUGAAAGAAAAGGACAAGCACCCCCCCAAGUUCCUCCCACUUUCCUUUUCCAUGACUAAAGUUUAUUGAAACGGGCUCCAGAAUACCUUCACCCCAUUCCUUUCAACUCCCUUAAGCAAUUCAAAUACCUCUACCCUCCGUGCUCCCACAAACCCGAAUACGAGUCCAUACACCGGCGAGAAGAACCAAAACUCCAUUAUUCUUAUGGGAAGAGGCAAAGGCUAUAGAGCAUGCUCCAUGGCUCCCUGCACACAAGAAGCCUUCGACACGCCUCCAUCGCCCUCCUCCUCCUCCUCUUGCUCUUCAGUAGUGACCAAGGAUGAAGCCUCCCGGGGCCACCUCCCACUCAAUGAGAAUGACUCCCAAGACAUGGUUAUCUUCGAGGUUCUUCGAGAGGCCUCGGCGAUGACCGCGAUCGCUGCACCGGCCCCUGCAGCAGUGGCGGGCGAUGCGGGAUUCGUUCGGAAGUGCAUCGAGCCGACCGGGCACGUCGGGAAGAAGCACUACCGGGGAGUGAGGCGGCGGCCAUGGGGGAAAUUCGCGGCGGAGAUUCGCGACUCGUCGCGGCAUGGAGCUCGCCUGUGGCUCGGGACAUUCGACACCGCUGAAGAGGCUGCCGUGGCGUAUGACCGCGCCGCUUUUCGGAUGCGGGGGGCCAAGGCGCUGCUGAAUUUCCCGCCGGGAGUUGCGAUAGGCGGCGGCGGCGGCGGCAGGGCCGUGGCGGCGGGCGGCAGGGCCGGGGCGGUGGAGCUUCGGGACUUGGGGGCUGACUGCCUGGAGAGAUUGCUUCGGACCUCCGAAGCGGGUGAAGGUGCAAAGAGCGUUUCCGGUCGGCAGUAAAACGCUGUUUGACGUCGCAACGCGGCUUGAUGGUGGGAAAAAUUAUGUUUAUGCGGCGACUAAUAAAUUUUGGUGCGUAUAACAGAAGUAGGAGGGAGAAUUUCUCAGCUGGGGACUUGGGAGACGAAAGAAUUUAGCCAAACCAGGAUGGACACGAGUUCUUGUGAGCUUUGCAAUAGAAAAUGUUAUUAUUGAGGGAGUGAUUGAGAUGGAUAUGGUUUUGAUAUUUGACAGGUUACAAUUGGUAUUUGAGGGAGUUCUGUUGGGCUUUAGAUUUAGGCAGUGAUGAGAGAGUAAGGCUUUGGAUUUGGGUGCCAGAAGCUUUACAUGCUGGCUACUUUGCCUCCUACUUCUGUUGAAAUUCACCAAACUAGUAAAUCAUGUUAGUCAAUCAUCCUUUUCGAUCUCAAA